AUGGCGGCCGCUUCCCUUCUCGACGAGAUCGCGGACGAGCUACAGGCGCUAGAGGCCGUCUACGGCGACGUCGUUCGCGUGCACGCGGAGAAUGCGGAAAGGUCGACCUCCGGACAGACCGAGGCAGCUGCGGCGGGGGCGGGGGGAGGGUCGGUGGUGAGGAUCAGCGUGGAGUUGAAGCCGCAGACGGGGGAAGACGCGACGCAGCAGUUCGUGGAGGCCACUGCCGUGCUGCUCGUCUCACCGCAGGUCGCCAUCUCCAUCGGACUUCCACUUGCCUUGCCUCCACCCGACACCCGUUCCCUUCCCUCGACCGUCUCUUAUCGUUUCUCGCUCUGUCGAUGGUCGAAUCUCUGCCCUCCUUGGUCCAAUACCGUUCCUCCCUCUCCCUCCUCCCACUGCAAUGCAACCUACCCUGUUGGCUCUCUUCCGCUCAAACCCAUUCCCCCCUGUAUUCCGCUCAAACUCAAACCCUGUAUCCGGGCUCCCCCCGCCAACCUCUCCACUCUUCCCUUAAUCUCCCCGUUCGCCGUGGCACCCUUCACCGCCAGCUCCCCUUCUUUGCACCCUCCUUUUCCCCGCUCCCUGCUUUUCCCCGCGCCCUUCCCUUUCCCGCAGUACCCUCUGUCCCCUGCAGUGCUGCGCCUGAGUGCAGUGAAGGGCAUGAGCGACGAACGCGUGGCGGAGCUGCUUGCGCGCGCCAGGGCGUGGCUGGCGGAGGCGCUGGGGCCGGGGGAGCCCAUGCUGCUGGCCGCGUGCGAGCAAGUGAAGGAGCUUCUAACAGAGAUGAACGAGCCUUCUGGGCCUUUGCUAGCUUCAGCAGCAGCAGCAGCAGCAGCAGAGGUCACAGAGGUGCUAUGUGCAGAGGAUCAGGUCGAGCGGAGGAAGCAGUUUGAGGCUGUUUGGCAGCGGCAGCAGCAGCGGGGAGGUAUCAUAGAGCCUCGCUCUACAGCUUCUCUGACAACCUGCCUGGCGCUGUAUCUGCACCGCAUAGCGAGCCUGGGUCAUUUCCCGGCUCAGGUGAAAACCCAGGUGGGGGGUUCGGUUCUGCAGGUCGUGGGCAGGGUAGGCAUGGGGAGCGAGGGAGGAGAGGGAGAGGAGGGAGAGAAGGACGGGGAGGUUGGAGAGGAGGGAGUGGAGGGAGGUUGCAUGGAGGGGGGAUAG